AUGGGGAACACUGCAACUAACACUGUUAUAAAAAAUACGAACCCUGAUACUAAAAAAUAUAAUAUUUUAAUUUUAGGCCUUAAUGGGUCAGGGAAAACUACAUUAUUAUAUCAUAACAUUAUACCAGAAUGGUCAAAUAUAACUUCAUCUAUGGAACCAACAAUAUCAUAUCACUAUGAAGAGAUGAGAAAUAUAUGGCAACUAAUUUAUCGGAACAUAAUGGCAAAUGCAGUUUUAUACGUUAUUAAUAUAAUGGACAUAUCAGAUGAAGCAGUGACAGAAAACAAUUCACUCAUAAGUCUAUUAUUAAAUGAUGAAUGUUUGCAAACAUCGUGCAUAGUUUUAGUAUUUAACACUUUUAACGAAGUGGAUAAAAUAGAUGAAACUACUAAAAACGAAUUACUAAUUAGAUAUAAAAUUAAAGAUUUGAUUGAUAAUUAUGGAAAUAGAAUUCAUCAUAUUUUUUUAGAUUGCAAAAGUUGCAAAUUGGACAAAAACUGGAUGAAUUUAAUGCAUCAAAUUUCUUAUUAUUUUUAA